AUGGACAUUUUGGUUAAGCAAAAGAGAGUGAGAUUUUCAAGCCCAGAAAUAGAGAAGCAGGAAGAGAUCCAUGGCACUAGAGAAAGAUCCUUUGAUGAAGAUAACAGGGCGCAGGGCUGGUUCAAGAACCAUUUCUCAGGCCAUGUGAAUGAGGACUAUGAUUCAAAAGACAUUGUGUUUGGAGCUGCUGUUGGAGCAACUGCUGUUGCCAUUCAUUCACUUGAAGAAGCUGAUUUUGCAUCUCAGAUGAAGAUGAGAGAGGACCUUGAACCCUCAAGAACUAAGCUCACAAUUGGACAGCCAAGUUCUGGUAGAGCAACUAGGAGUUUCUCAAGCAUGCAGAAUGCAGAUAAACUUUUGAUAAAUAACUCAAUGGAGCAGAAGGAUGCACUGGAGAGGGCUUUCCCAACUAGGCUUCCAAGUCAUACAUCCUCCUUGAGACCUACAUCCUCAGCUGAUGGAUACCAGCCCCAGUCGGAAAGCUCAUCACGACAGGAUUUUGUGGGAACCAAAGCAGAUACUUGGGAGAGAGCUAAGAUGGAAAAGAUUAGGAAGCGGUAA